AGCGUUGCCGCUAGGGUUCCUCCUCAGCCGUCUCCGCUUCGCCUCGCGCCCGCACCCCAGGAAGGUAAGUUCAAGAGGCUGUCCUGAGAAGCUCAAAUGGCUCCCAAAGCUGCUGUUGCCAAGAAGGGCGAUGCCAAGGCCCAGGCUGCCAAGGUUGCCAAGGCUGUGAAGUCUGGGUCAAUCAAGAAGACCGCAAAGAAGAUCCGCACGUCUGUGACAUUUCACCGCCCCAAGACCCUGUCCAAGGCCAGGGACCCCAAGUACCCCAGGAUCAGUACCCCGGGGAGGAACAAGCUUGACCAAUACCAGAUCCUCAAGUACCCUUUGACCACCGAGUCUGCAAUGAAGAAGAUCGAGGACAACAACACCCUUGUCUUCAUCGUUGACCUCAAGGCAGACAAGAAGAAGAUCAAGGCUGCGGUAAAAAAGAUGUACGAUAUCCAGGCCAAGAAGGUUAACACCCUGAUCAGGCCGGACGGCAAGAAGAAGGCCUAUGUGAAGCUGACACCAGACUAUGAUGCUCUUGACGUGGCCAACAAGAUCGGCAUCAUAUAAGUCAGAGAGAGCCUCCUGCAGUAGGCGCGUGUGUCGUGGUUUCUUAUGUUAUUGGAGUUUUGUAGUAGUUGUUACUUGUCAAAGGGCCUCAGUGGGCUCUAUUGCCUACCAUAUCGCUGCACACUUUCAUGAAUUUGAUGCAAUCGAAGUGACUCGUGUUGAUGCUAA